AAACAACUUUCAUACAGUUAUUGUCCACGAAAAUCCAAUAAAUUUUACAUUUAAUUGCAUUCAGGUUUCUCAUCGUUAGAAAAUAGACAAAAAUAAUGGAAACAAGCUCAAGUUCAACAUCUUCCAAAUGGAUAAAACUCAACAUAGGUGGAAAAAUUUUCAAUACAACUCGUAGCACAAUCGUAGAUAAGGAACCACAUUCAAUGUUAGCUAGAAUGUUUGAGCAAAGUCAACUUUCGCCCGCGGAUUUGGACAUCGAUGGAGCUUAUUUAAUCGAUCGUUCCGGAGAAUAUUUUGAGCCAAUACUUAAUUACUUAAGAAACGGGAAGUUAGUGUACAAUCCAAACCUGAAUCCCGAAGGAAUUCUCGAAGAAGCGCGAUUUUACGGGAUCGAAAGUCUCGUGAACAUUUUAGAACAACAAAUUGCUGCGAAUCAACCGGAUCCAGAUCCGCCACUGACGCGAAGUGACGUCAUUUCUGCCUUGAUUCACACUUCUCACAUGAGCGAGUUGCGAUUUCAGGGCGUGAAUUUAAGAAAUUGUGAUUUGAGAAAAUUAGACUUAAGACACAUAAAUUUCAAGUACGCGAAUAUGUCGGGAGCACUUUUAUCGCAUUCCAAUCUUAGUUAUUGUUGUUUGGAGCGCGCGGAUUUGUCAUUUGCCAACUUGGAAGGCGCUCAAUUGUUGUCGAUAAAAGCUCUCUGUGCGAAUUUCGAAGGAGCCUUUUUGAAAGGAUGCAAUUUUGAGGACCCAAUUGGCGUGCGAUCGAAUUUAGAGGGCUGCUGUUUGAAAAAUGCAUGUCUCGAGGAUAGUAACAUGGCUGGCGUUAAUUUACGAGUUUCUUCCCUUAAAAAUGCAAAUUUGAAAAACUGCAACUUACGAUCGGCGAUUUUGGCAGGAGCAGAUUUGGAAAAUUGUACAUUAGCUGGCAGUGAUUUGCAAGAAGCCAAUCUUCGGGGUGCCAAUUUCAAGGAUGCCGAUUUAAAUUUGAUGCUCACUCCAUUACACAUGAGCCAAGCAAUACGAUAGACUGACAAUCGAUUUUUUUAUUAGUCUUUUCGCUUUUACUCUCGGAAUUAUUAUUUUACAUGUUCAAAAUUGUAAUGCGUAAUAUUAAUAUAUAGAUUAGGAUUUUAUUUAUAUGUACGUUAAAUAAAUAAAUUUAAUUAAAAAAUAAUUAGCAGCUAACAAUUUCUGCUUGACUA